UACGAGUAUUACGGUUAUUCGGAUUAUCGAGGCGGCUACAGUGAUCCGUAUUACGAUGACUAUUAUCGUUAUGAGGAUUACUAUUUCGAUUACCCGCCGCCGCCACCACCUGCCAGAGGGAGGGGCAGACCGCCUCAGCCGGUGGCUGGCAUGACCUCUUGGUUUCGGAAUCUGACGUAUGGUGUUUCAGCAGGCUGGUCGUGGGCGUGGAGUCGUGGCGCGUGGCCGGGCAGGUGGGCCCCCGGGACGUGGGGGAACCCGUGGGGCUUCUCGCAACGCGGUAUCCGGGGUGGCAACACGUGGGGGGUCACGGGCAGCCGUACGUGGGGCGGCGCGCGCCAAGGGAAGUUUACCAGGUGAGGACGGUAAGCGCAAAUUUGACGGGGGUCACCAGAACCAGGGGGAGUCGAAGCGGCGCUACCAGAGCAGCUGGGGCAACCAGCCCCUUGCCCAGCAACCACUGGGCAAUGCGUAUGGGGGCAUGGCGGGCAUGAACGGUGGCGGCUAUGGUCCAGCUGCAGAUCAACAGUGGUACCAAGACACCUAUCCGACUUGGAGCUAAGUGCCUGCCGCCCUGAGGGGCGGCUGAGGCGGCAGCGAGCUGAUUUAUUGCAAUCAGGAAGCGAAGAAGAGAAGUGGUGUGGAAUUGAUUUGUUGCUCAGAUACAAUUGCGAAAACCCACUUACACGCAGAAGAUAAAAGUGGUCUCCCUUUACUGUUUUGGUAAUUUUGCCCCCCUUUAUUUUAAACUAUUUCUACAUUUGUUUAAUAGUUUUUAAGAAUUUUUGGUUAGUACUCCAUAGCCAAAUUCCAUUACCUAACACCUUGCAAUUCGAUUUGUCUUAACUGUGUAAAGUAGAAAACACUACAAAAUUUGGCGUUAUAUGCGUCAUAUUUCUCCAUUGACAUAAGAUUUUGACCCCCGUCAGUGCCCCACCCCCUAGUUCUGGAGACAUUACAUCACCGAGGGGGGCUUCUAAAUCCGCUGCUACAGAACCCCACUCCGUGUGGGCCCUCGUCUUCGUUUUUGACCCGGCUUUUGUCAUUUUGGAACGAGCAAGGCGUGGUUGAUGGACUCUUGGGAUAAACGUUAAAAUUUUGGUUUGUGGUCUAGACUUGGGUUUCUUCUAAAAUUUCAAGGAACCUGUAAUUAAUUUUUAGUUUGUUUUAUUACUUUUAAAUGUCAGUUGAAAAUUAUGUACUACUGUAGAAUGUUAUGACCAAUAAAUUGAACAUCUUUCUCAGAAUGUGUGAGCAAAGUUGGACAGUGUGAAAAAAGAGAAAGCUAUUUUAAAAUGAGUAUUUAUGACAACAUAAUGACGGAUGAUGAGUGGGUUUUUUGAUUAGAGAGAACGCCUGAAAUCUCUCGAUCUCUGCGCGUAUGACUGCGUUUUGCUGUGCCUGUGUUUUGAAGGUAUGGCACAGUUUUGUAGUUAAUUAAAAGAUCUAUAGUUGUUACAAACUGUGAUGAACUCUACAGGCUGUUGGCUUGUUUGUUAGGGUGCUGUUGUCAGUGCUAUACCUUCGAGACCUCACUAAGUGAUCGCGUGGAGUUUGUUCAUGUUCGUAUGAAGAGAUUGUGUCUUUACGUGCCUGAGUCGAGGGUAUGUUACUCUCGGUUCAGGACAAUUUUUUUAAUAUAUAUGAAUAUAUAUUGUAUUACUACUGCUACAAAAUGUAAUUAUUUUAGCAGUUAAUUGGUAGGAGACACAGAUGUCCCUUCGUUUUCUUUUGUGUGGAGUUUGCUGCUCCUACCAAACUAACAGUACAUCUGUUUUGAAAUUAUGUUGUCUAUUUUUUAUUACAGAUGAUAUGCUUUGCUUGAUUUCAAAUUUUCAGCUAUUUUUUUAUUUUUGUCACAAUAUUUGACUGCCUGCAAAUUAUUUAGUAAGCUGUAGAUUUAAAAAUUGUAAGAACUGUUGAUAGUUAUUUUUUUGGGCCAGGAAAUAAUCAGAUUUCUGUGAAUUGACCUGAUGUAAUGAA